AUGGACGUUGUCAAGCUGAUCCGUGCUGUCAGGUCCAAGAAACCGCUCUGGGACAGGAAGCACGCUUACUACCACGACAGGAUAGUCACCAUGGGCCUCUGGAACGACGUGGCCAUAUCCCUCGGAUCAGAUCGUGACAAGGCUUCUGGUCGUUACUUUAGCAGUGGUGGCACGGACCAUUCUUCUUCUAGACAAGCCACGUGUUGGUUUAAACAAAAUUCAAACAGUCUAUCGCGAUUGAAGGUGCAACUGCUAUCUGGCGGUAGCAUCGAGAAGUUCCUGACUAAACUACAAACAGCCCAUGUAAAUCCACUAUUCUAG